AUGAUUGACUCUGAUUUUCUAUCUGUCAUUGCUGAAGUCGAAACCUAUCUGGGAAGGUCUGCCAACGAUGAAAAAUCAAGCACUAUCUUUGUAUACAACGGCAAUGGGGGCGCUGAAUCCUCAAGUGAGCAGCCAUGGCCGGUCAUUCGAGACGAGGCCGACUGUACCUGUCCUGACUUUCAGGUCUUAUUCGAUGAUGAUAGUGACUCAGAUAUCAUCAUCUACAACGACACGCAGUGGGUUGGCUAUAUGACCACCACCACGAAGAGCACUCGUACCACCUAUUACAAAGGCCUUAACAUGGGUGGCACGACAGAGGUGGGCAAUUGA